CUUGAGAAACAAAAGUCCGCGUUCACGUGUCAACGGAAAGGUUGCCUCCCGCGUAAUAUAUACGUGUGCUCUGCUCUUCUUCAAUACCGUCUUCGCCUUUCCCAUGUUUAGUUCCAUUACAAAAUAACUGCUCUAAGAAAGAAGCAACGAAAAUCUUAAAAACAAGAAUAAAUAAACAGAACGCAAAAAUAAUAUUCUUCUUCUCUCACAUGCCACCUCUUCUUCGUCACACCACCACCUCACCCAUUGUUUUCCCUUUUAUUUUUAACCAAACAUCUAUAAUUUAAAUUUUUUCACUUUACUCUCUCUCACGACAUUUCUCGCCACUUAACCGAAAUUCCUUUCGAAUCUUUCUCUUGAUUGAUUCUGAUUCUUCUCUCUCUCUCUCUCUUUCUCUCUUUCUGUAUAAAUUAAACACAUUAGCAGUCUUUUUUUUCCAAAAUAAACGAACCGUUUUGCACUGCCACGUGAGUGCCGUGUGGCAACAGACCAUACAAACCGUUAAUCCUCGCCGAUGGCGAUCUCCGACGCGCCUGAAAGCGUAGGCACCGCCACCGGUCAAACCGACUCAGAUCUCAGACUGCUUUCUCUGCGGCACAGGUCCAGCGCCACCUCCCCGGCCAGCUUCUUCGAUGCCGAAGUCGCCGCCAGAGCUUCUGGCUCCCAGGAAUCCUUGAACAACAAAAACGUCGAGGACAAUAAAGAUUGCAAGUCCAAUCAUGCAGCCUCCGAUCAUAAUAUUGUCAACAAUGACGCUCGGAAAGAGCACGGAGAACAAGUCAUCGAUGUCAAAUACGCUUACCGUCCCUCCGUUCCUGCUCACCGCAGAAUCAAGGAGAGCCCGCUCAGCUCCGAUAACAUUUUCAGACAGAGUCACGCAGGACUGUUCAAUCUCUGUAUAGUAGUUCUUGUUGCGGUGAACAGCAGACUUAUCAUUGAGAACUUAAUGAAGUAUGGUUGGUUAAUUAAGUAUGGCUUUUGGUUUAGUUCAAAAUCAUUGAGAGAUUGGCCCCUCUUCAUGUGCUGUCUUAGUCUUAACAUAUUUCCACUUGCUGCCUUUAUAGUGGAAAGGUUGGCACAGCAAAAGUAUAUUUCUGAACGGGUUGUUGUUUUACUUCAUCUAGUUAUCUCAACUGUUGAAUUAUCCUACCCAGUUUUAGUAAUACUCAGGUGUGAUUCAGCUUUUGUAUCCGGUGUCACGUUGAUGCUAUUUACUUGCAUUGUGUGGUUAAAAUUGGUGUCAUAUGCCCAUACAAACUAUGACAUGAGAGCACUUGCUGUUUCAAAAGAAAAGGGAGAAACAUUACCCAAUACUUUGAUUAUGGAGCAUCCAUAUACUGUGACGAUUGGGAGUUUGGCAUACUUCAUGGUUGCACCUACAUUGUGCUAUCAGACAAGCUAUCCUCGCACCCCUUCUGUUCGAAAGGGUUGGGUGUUUCGUCAACUUGUCAAGCUGAUAAUAUUUACUGGAGUAAUGGGAUUUAUAAUAGAGCAAUAUAUGAAUCCAAUUGUACAAAAUUCACAUCAUCCUUUGAAAGGAAACCUUCUAUAUGCCAUUGAAAGAAUACUGAAGCUUUCUGUUCCCAAUGUAUAUGUGUGGCUCUGCAUGUUCUACUGCUUUUUCCAUCUUUGGUUAAAUAUACUUGCAGAGCUUUUCCGAUUUGGUGAUCGUGAGUUCUAUAAAGAUUGGUGGAAUGCAAGAACUGUUGAAGAGUAUUGGAGGAUGUGGAAUAUGCCUGUGCACAAAUGGAUGGUUCGCCACAUAUAUUUUCCGUGCAUAAGGAAUGGUAUACCCAAGGGUGGUGCUUCAUUAAUUGCCUUCCUGGUUUCUGCUGUUUUUCAUGAGUUAUGCAUUGCCGUUCCUUGCCACGUGUUCAAGUUGUGGGCAUUUAUAGGAAUUAUGUUUCAGGUUCCAUUGGUCUGGAUCACUAAUUACCUGCAAAACAAGUACAGGAACUCAAUGGUUGGAAAUAUGAUCUUUUGGUUCAUAUUUUGUAUUCUUGGUCAACCUAUGAGCGUACUAUUAUACUACCAUGACUUGAUGAAUAGAAAAGGAGAAGUUGACUAAGGUAGCAUUACCAUGGUGGUGUAAAUGUGCUUUUGCAUUUUCAAAGUAAAAUGAAUGUUGAUAGUAGUUGCCUUUUUGUUUUUGUACGGGGAUCAUCAUCUGUUUUGACAGUGAUUCCAUCUCAUUUUUGAGUCUUUGAAGGUCGACUCCUCUUGAUCUAUGUACUAAUUUGCGCUAUUAUCAGUAUGCUAGAAAUUUUUGAAAAUGUCAAUCGCUAACCGAUAAAGUAAAACUCAGUAGUUUGUGAUAGUUAGUUUAGGGAUAGCUGUAAAUGCCAAAGUUGGUUUAACUGUAUAUUGUUUCUGGAAUUCAACCAAUAAAUGAUGACGGAUAUCAUUCA